AUGAAGGCCUCGACUAUCCUUACCGUUGUUGCGGCCCUUGCAGUGCCGGUCACUGCUGCGCCUCUCACGCGCGACGCCGACCAGGUCGACUGGCGCAACGGCAACAACCCCUUUGGCAAGUGGAACGAGGACGGUUCUUUCGAGUUCACCAUGAACUGGAACGAUGCCAUGAGUCUCUGGCGCACGCGCAGCUCGAGGCCCACCUCUAACCGCCCGGCGCCGAACCCUUCCCCGCCUCAACCUACUUCCCAGCCCCAGCCUGAGCAGCCCAGCCAGCCCUUGCCCAGCCAGCAGCCAGAGCCCAGCCAGCAGCCAGAGCCCAGCCAGCAGCCAGAGUCCAGCCAGCAGCCAACGCUCAGCCCGCAGCCCUUGCCCAGCCAGCAGCCAGAGCCCAGCCAGCAGCCAGAGCCCAGCCAGCAGCCAGAGUCCAGCCAGCAGCCAACGCUCAGCCCGCAGCCCUUGCCCAGCCAGCAGCCCGAGCAAUCCUCCUCGCCGACGCCCGCCGUCGACUCGUCGUCAGCCCAGCAGCGCCCCGCAGACGCAUCGACCUCGGCUCCGGCCAGUCCUUCCACCACUGAUGUGGCCGACAAGGUUGCUGGAGAGCCCAACCUCCCCUUCAGCAACGACCAGACUCUAGUGACUGAGGACCCAACUGCCGCGGACAUUGCUGGUACAUCGGCACAGGCCAAGGUGGCGCUUGACUACCACAACCAGUGGCGCGCACAGUUCGGCGCCCCAGCUCUGUCCUGGGACUCUGCACUUGCCCAGAAGGCUACCAACGCCAUGGGCACUUGCAAAUGGGAGCACAUUGGUGCCGACAACCUCUCGGCUCGGUGGGGUUCCGGUGAUUACGCCAACCACUUUGUUCACGGCCUCAUUGACGGCUGGGCCGAGGAGUGGCGCCUCUACGACUGGAACAACCCCGGGUUCUCAGCUGCGACGGGUCACUUCACUGCCAUGACCUGGAAAGCGGUUACCAAGGUCGGCUGCGGCUGGAAGCUUGGGUGCAAGGACGCCAGCCCCGGUGGCGGCUCGGAGAAUAAGGUCUACUUCUCUUGCGUCUAUGACCCUGCUCCAAACAUGGGUGGCGGUGACGAUGCGACCACGCGCAAGAACUACGAGGAGAAUGUUCCCCGCUACAUCGGAAACUAG